AUGACUGACACCGGAGACGCUUCCCCGAUUAAACAACGAUAUUAUUAUAUGUCCCCCGAACGCUUGAAGGAGCUCAACUACCAAGUAGAUGAGAUGAUAGAGUUGGAUGUUAUCGAAAAAAGCAGUAGUCCAUGGAAUAGUCCAGUCACGAUGGCGCCGAAGUCUAAUGCUCCAGCGACACAGCAGAGACUCAUGGACAAAUUAUUUGGUCCGGACUGUGGCGAGAAGAUCUUUGUCUAUUUAGAUGACAUCGUGGUCGUGUCCUCCACGUUUGAGGAGCACCUGUCGUUGCUACAUAAAGUGCAGGAACGCUUGAAAUCUGCAGAGCUAAAGUACCUCGGAUUUGUGGUAGAUGAAAAGGGCCUGCGCACAGACCCUGACAAGGUAAAAUCUAUAGUCGAGUUUCCUACUCCGCAGAACCGCAAAGAUGUGAAGCGUUUCUUGGGGACCGCAUCUUACUACAGACGUUUCAUUAAGAACUUUAGCCAUGUUGCUGCGCCUUUGAACCGCCUGACAUCGACGCGAAAAGGGGCACCUUCUUUUCAGUGGAACCCGGAAGCAGAAAUCGCAUUUAAUGAGUUGAAAACAGCUCUUACGACCGCUCCAGUCUUGGCGUGUCCGGAUUUUUCCCAACCUUUCACGGUCCAUACCGAUGCAUCGGAGUUCGGAGUAGGCGGCAUGCUGACCCAAGCUGUGAAUGUCAUGCCCUAUCUGGUGAUCAUCGAAGGUAGGCUGUAUCGGUAUACCAAAAGCAACUCAACCUUGACGAGCGACUUCGACUGGAAGGAAGUAAUCCCGCCGGAAGAGAGACUGAAUGUUAUUAUAAAGAACCAUGACACGCCCAUGGGGGCCCAUAUGGGAGCUGAAAAGACAUACAAGCGUUUAAGACUCCGCUACUUUUGGCCUGGCAUGUACGGCGAUGUAGCGGAUCAUGUGGCCAAAUGCGACAUUUGUAAAUCUUACAAGCAUCAAAACCAACUCACUCCAGGUUUGAUGGGUGAGCCCAAAGUUUGUCGUCGCCCAUUCCAGUGCAUCAGCAUGGAUUUAGUUGGUCCACUGCCACGGUCGCGACAACAACACGAACACCUUCUGGUAGUAGUAUGUUGUUUUACCAAGUAUUGUCUACUCUUCCCGCUCCGCCGUGCCACUAGUAAAAAUGUCGCCGGGAUUCUGGAGGACCACAUCUUUUUGGUGCAUGGUAUUCCACAAACAGUAAUUGCAGAUAAUGGACCCCAAUUCAUCGGGCAUGAAGUAAAGGACUUAUUCCUCAAGUAUAAUAUCCCCCAAGUCCACUACACACCUAUUCACACUCCUCAGGUUAACACUGUCGAGCGUUAUAAUAGGACCGUCGUUACCGCCAUCGCUACAAUGGUAGGGUCGGAUCACCGAACUUGGGAUUGUCACCUCGCAGAAAUACAGUUUGCCAUGAAUACAGCAGUCAACGAUACAACGGGUUUCUCCCCAUUUAUGCUAGUACAUGGACGUGAGGCUGUACCGGAUGGACGUGUCUACGGAGAUGUCGAAGACAUUGACGACAUACAGCUAAGCUCUCGAUCGGAGUACAUGCAGAAGUUGAGAGGACUCAAAGAGGUUUUCGUGAGAGUAGACUCAGAACUACAAAAAUCUCAUAGUCGCAAUGCCCGUUAUUAUAACCGUCGCCGGCGUGAUGCUUGUUACAACACCGGGGAUUUUGUUUGGAGGCGGACACAUAACCGUAGUGACGCCGAUAAAUUUAUAGCUCUUAAGCUAGCCCCGAAGUUCGAGAAGUGUGAGGUGAUACAAAAACUGUCAAACCUGGUCUAUCUUUUGGAAGAUGUUAACGUUAGGCAAGCGGAAUGCCAUUUAAAGGAUAUCCGUUGCAAAGUCAGUGAAUAG